UACGGCACUUUUUAUUCACGACAAUUGUAGACAAUAAUAGCAACUCGAUCCGACGUAUUAAUUAAUGAGCCUCUGAACGCGCGCCUUUCGUACAAGUUUCGAGUACAAUAAAGAUAAAAAUUAUCACUUGAAAAGUUUUGGAGUUCCGAAUGUCGCCAUUGCUGUGCCCACCGUUUAAACGAGAUCGAGGUAGCAAUUUAUAUGCCCCGGGCCAACACUUGCCGACCGAGUCUCACCGACGGACCGACGGUUUUCAAUGUAGAUUGCCAAUGUACCAGGCAAUUGGUCAGUGUACAGUACAUUAUAAACGCUGUCCGAACGGUGUGCGAGUUUAAAUCCAGGGCGAGGAAGUGAUCUUCUGCAAUAUCUAUGUGCCCGGCAACGUUAUUUGUUCGAGUAUCAGUCGCAAACCCGUCGUCCUCCCGGUGGCAUCAAAUUCAUCUCCCAUUACCACAUCUGUGAACAACGAAGUUUGUUUUUCAAAUUCGAAACGAAAUUUUUAUACUUGACUUAUUCUUAUUUCGUUGCGAUUUGAAAAAUCAAUUUUCACCGACAAAAUGAAGUUCCUCAUCUUUGCCGCCGUAUUUCUCCUGGACCGAGACGCGUUCUUGGCUCAUGGUUCUGACGACUGGAGCUACUGGGGUGAAAACGGCCCCGAACACUGGCCCGGACUUUGCAACAGCGGUGAAAAUCAAUCACCGAUCGAUAUAAUCACCGAUGAUGCCGUGAAGACGGAUCUUGGCUCUCUCAAGUUUACGAGAUACGAUUUUGCCUUCAGCGCCGACGUUGUGAACACUGGCCACUCCAUUCAAGUCGCGAUGACGGGGGUGCCGAUUCACCUGAAAGGCGGAAGUCUACCUACGACCUACGUCCUCGAUCAGAUGCACUUCCACUGGGGCUCGGAGCACACUAUAAACGGCGAACAAGAAGCGCUCGAACUGCAUCUCGUCCACUACUCGAAAGAUUACGACAACGUGACCUACGCUUCUGAGUUUGAGAAUGGAUUAGCGGUGGUGGCUGUCUUGUUUGAGGUGAGCAACGAAGACAACGUCUAUCUUGAACAAAUUCUGGAAGCGGUGAAAACCGUGUCCUCGAUAAACUCAACGGCGACGGCAAAAUUGCAGACUAAGCUGAUACCCUCCCUUCUAUUACCGAAAGAUCACAGCUCGUAUUACAGAUAUUACGGUUCCCUAACCACCCCGGAAUGUAAAGAGGCCGCAAUCUGGACCGUCCUGGAUAACAAGAUGCCAAUAUCUGUGUCUCAGAUCGAAGUUUUUCGCAAGGUGGUUAAUUCCAACAACGAAACGCUCGUCUACAACAACAGACCGACUCAAGAUCUGGGAUCCCGAACCGUGUAUCAUCACUUGGAGGGAUAUUCGUCGGCGCCUAAUCUUCAGAUUCCAAAAACGCUGCUCGUUAUCGCCGGAUUUUUCUCUGUCCUGAUGCAGGGCGGAAGAUCCCCUUGAAAUUGCAAGAGCGACGGCAUCGUGUCAAGAUGACCGUGUGCAAAAAUAUAUUUCUCGUUAUUUGGCCUCGCCUUAUGCAGCCGCGGCGUAAUUUGUAUGCUUGGCAUAUAAAAUUUUUUGCAAAUUCACUAGGCUUAAGGACAUUUCCGAAAUGUGAGACUAAUUUGCUUCGCGAUGACAAAAACAAAACGAAAAAAAAAAAAAAUAAGUAGAAAAAAAAGGAAAAGAAAAUGAAGAAUAAUAAUAAUAAAAUUAUAUCGCGCCAAGGACAGAAAUAUUUUUCAGACGAACGGAAUUUGUUUGAGAUAGGAAAUGCUAGCUGCUGUCAAGAAAGGACGAUAACGACGUUGGUAUGCGCGUCGAGUGGAUUCGAUAGGGCGGAAAAGAUCUUAAAUUUACGAUCGUUGGAUCGUUUAACAACGCGGUAAGAAUAACGUAUUCAGGCAUAGAACGUUGACGCAACUAAAACCGAAUUUGUGUGUUAUAAAAUAUGUAAUUCGAACGUCAGGCUGAACGCAAAUAUUGUAUUUAGAUACGUUGUAAGUUUUGUAAUACAUGACGCGUAUCCUGAAAUACAUACAGAAAAUCGCAGGAAAAUUUCUCUUCCAUUAAAUCCUCCAGCUAAGGGGUUGCCCAUUUUUUUCUUUCAACUACGUUAUAAAAACGACAUUCAACAACUUGACGAGGCUCGAAACUACGCAUGGAUAAUAUUUAUCAAAGGAG